AUGUGGAGCUCCAGAAGAAAACCGGGCCGACGCACAGAGAGGACAUCCAGUCCCCACGAGGAGCGGACUGACACCACGGACCCGGGGCUUUCUGGCUGUGAGACGACAGAGCUGACGCCGCCACCGAGCUGCUGUUGCCAUGGCAACGUCCCCAGCAAAGUGCCACUUGGCGCUGGUCGUGCUUUGGCUCUGGGUUUGGCAUUCAGAGACCACACAAACGAGCUGAGGGAUGUCCUCAUGGAGAUCUUCUACACCUCCUCCUACCACCACCAUCAUCCUGCCGUAGUGCCUACCACCCCGUCACCACUUCACGCUUUGAGAAACAAAGCCUCUGAGGACGACGACCUCCUGCUGCCGUACGCCAGCAGCCACGGCCCCUCCCACUCCCACCGCCACGUCCGGGACUGCCAGCCCGUCGCCCACGGCAACGUCACCCAUGAGACCUGGCCCGCCAGCAACCACACGGGGCUGCCGGCGGCCGAGUCCUCGGUGUUUGUGUCGGACGUCGCGGGCGGCUCCAGAAAGGUGUACGGUCACAUGACAGUGGUCCACGACCCCCUGAGGACGGUGUCGGUGCUGGAGCCGGGCGGGCCGGGCGGCUGUGGGAUGAACUACAGGGCUCUGGUGGAGGAGACGGCCCGGGCCGCCGGCUGCCUGUACGCCCAGAACGCCGGCUUCUUCAACACCAGGAGCGGCGAGUGUCUGGGCAACGUGGUGAGCGACGGCAGGGUGGUGAGGGACAGCGGGGGGGUGCAGAACGCCCAGUUUGGCAUCAGGAGGGACGGCACGCUGGUGUUCGGGUAUCUGUCGCAGGAGGACGUUUUGGACCAGUCCAACCCGUUCGUCCAGCUCAUCAGCGGCGUGGUGUGGCUGCUGCGGGACGGCCAGGUCUACAUCAAUCAGAGCAUGGAGGCCGAGUGCGACAAGACCAAUGAGAUGGAGGGAUUCCACUAUUUUGUGAACGUGCUGUCGGCCAGGACGGCGGUGGGCCACGACGCCGAGGGCAGGCUCGUUCUGUUCCACAGUGACGGACAGACCAAAGAGAGAGGUAUGAAUCUGUGGGAGGUGGCAGAGUUCCUGAAGGAGCACGGCGUGAUUAAUGCUGUCAAUCUGGACGGAGGCGGGUCUUCCACCUUUGUAAUCAACGGCUCAUUGGCCAGCUACCCCCCCGAUCGCUGUAAACCAGACGAUAGGUGGCGCUGUGCCCGGCCCGUCUCCACCGUCCUGUGCGUCCACCCGCGGCGCUGCCAGCCGGCGGACUGCAGCGGGCACGGCGAGUGUGUGGACGGGCGCUGCCGGUGCCAGGCGGGCUGGCGGGGCGAUGCCUGCGACGCCCUGCUGUGCCAACACACCUGUGGAGCCCACGGCGUCUGCACAGUCAACGGCUGUGUGUGUGACGCCGGAUGGAGAGGAAGAAGCUGCGACAAACUGUGUCCUCUGGGUUUCUACGGGCGGUCCUGUGCUGAGGAGUGUCAGUGUGAAGAUCAGUGUCCAUGUGACCCCAUAACAGGAAGCUGCACCACUAACGGCUUGAUAUUACGCACAGCUGGACGCUGUCUGAGCAGACGGAUGUUUCCGACAUGGAGACGCGACGAGGCGCACAGAGACAGGACCCACCUGACAGAGCGGACGUGGCUGAUCAUCACCGUCACCUUGGCCUCCCUGCUGCUGAUCAAGGUGGUGGGUCAGCUGAUCCGCUCGUAUCGGAGGUCGGCCAACGAGCGGCUUCUCCUCUCCUACCAGGUUUCCUCCAAAUCCCAGGAUGGUGUCUGCCCCUGCUGA